CACUCCUCUUCCUCUCUCACACACACCACACAAUGGCAGACCGUCGUAUGUCCGCAGCCGGCAUGGCCGCCGAUAUCUGGAUUCCUCAGCAGAAGAAGGCCUUCUCGGCAUGGGUCAACUCGCGCCUCGCUGAGCGGAGCAUGGUCCUGCCGCGCGACAAGGACCUCUCGGAGGUCUUUGAUGACGGCCUCAUGCUCAUUCCCUUUGUGGAGAUCCUGACCGGGAACAAGGCCCAGAAGCAUGUGGCCAAGCCCAAGAUGCGCAUCCACAAGCAGGAGAACGUCCAGCUGGCGUUCAACGUCCUCAACUCGGUCGACUACCAUCCCGACAUCCACGUCGAAGAGAUCCUCGACGACUCGGAGAAGAUGGUCCUCGGCUUUAUCUGGCAGCUCUUCCUCCACUUUGGCUCCAACGACAACGCCGCCGAGCUCCUCGCCUGGGUCCAGGAGCGUGUCAAUGACAAGGAGCGCUACCCGAACGUCAAGGUCACCGAGUUCUCCAAGUCGUGGCAGGACGGCAAGGCUUUUGCCGCCCUCCUCGACUCGUUCUCGCCCACCAUCUUCAACAACGACUCGGUCGACCAGUCCGAGGACGACGUCGUCGCCACCAAGGCCCGCGCGCUCCUCAACUCGGUCUUUGAUGCCGCCCUCCUCAAGCUCGACGUGCCCAAGCUCCUCGACGCCGAGGAUCUGGCCGGCUUUGCCCCCGACGACAAGGCCAUCAAGAUGUACGUCACCCUCCUCAAGAACGCCUGGGCUGAGAAGGAGGAGGCCCUUCUCGCCGCAGAGCGCGCAGAGGCCGAGCGCCGCGCGAACAUGACCAAGGAGGACGCCCUCGCCGAGCUCGACGCCGCCCUCGCCAAGCUCGCCAUGGUCAAGAACUGCCCGCAGUGCGGCUUCAACCUCCGCGAGUACCUCGAGGCCGAGGCUGCCGGUCACGACCAGGCCGCCGCCGCCGAUGCCGCCGACGACGCCUAA